GACAUUUAUUAUAAAAUUUUAUUUAUUUAAAAUGCCUGCAGCGUUCUUUGAAAAUUCUGAGCCUACAACAACCGUCAACGGUGGAUUGGUUAUUAAACGAAUGUCUAGAUUGAGAAUCGACGAUGUUCAUUAUAAUUUGUUACAACACAAGUUUGACAUGGUUCAAUUGCGCAAGAAUAUUGACCCGUCAAUUUUUGAACAUGCGGCGACGGUUAAGGUUGCGCUUGACACAAAAUAUCCUGAGGGAAUGCAUAAAUACGCUGACAAAUACAGGGCUUAUAAUCAAAUUACGCUCAUUUUUGACACGCUUAGUCAACUGCGCAACAGUGAUGGGCCUCACUCAAUCUUUCCUUUGACUUUGCCCAAUGGAAAUGCUACUCCAAUGCCUGUAUAUCAAGUCCAGCUGAGCCAAGAGUUUUGUGACCGUUUCACUGUGCCGAAUUAUGGAACUAUUAAACUGGAGAAGGCAGUAAAGGCUGUAGGUGUUCCUUCCAAUGAAUAUCGAGUAAUUUUUAAUAAUUUUCAUCGGUAAUUUUGGAACCGUUUCUCAAACGAAAUUCCUCUAACAUGGAAUUUGCUUAAGAUUUUUGCGUCUUCGGUGCCAAAAAUGUGGCGCAGAAAAAAGUUUCCUCCCUUGGCCCCACCCCAAAAAAUCCUGGUUACGGGCUCAUGUCUAUGUCUAGCAAUUUAUUUUUUAGUGCCGAAUUCUGCAUUAUGAUGAAACUUCUCGCAUUGUUCGUUUCUCUCCAUUUACGGUACAAAGAUUGGACGAUUGCAAGUAUCUUGUUCGUUUUGAACCUUCUCGCUUCGUUUAUAAUGCUCGCGAUUACAUUCUUUCAAAUAUUUAUCGUCUUCAAAGGGCAGUUAGUUUUCUGAUUUUUCC